AUGGGGGAAGAAGUUACAGGGGAGGGGAGGAACCAGAGUCCCUUGUGGUGCCUCCUUUUUCUUCUCUCUGGGCCACAGAUCACUGCCAUACUAGUGCUGUUCCAGCUGUGCUUCUGCAUCUCAAGUCCCAGCCUGGCCAGCGCAGAAGAGAUUGACUGGGAUUCUGUAGCAGGCACCAGAUCAACAACGGAUGAAGAGCUUCUGAGAGAGGAGGGGGAGGAAGGCUUGCAGCAAAAGCCCUCCCAGCUCGCUGGAGUGCCGGAGGAACCCAUGGAUGGUUUUUACUCCUCUGCAGAAGGAGAUGGGCAGGGUGUGAUCAAUAACACCAGCAGUAGGAAGAUCUGGGCAGAGGAAGGCAACUCCAAGUUGUCCUUCCGUGUGGUGACGGCUGCCUCCCUCUUCCUUCUCAUCCUCUCCACGCUCCUGGGCAACACCCUGGUGUGUGCGGCUGUGAUCAAGUUCAGACACUUGCGCUCUAAGGUCACCAAUUUCUUCAUUAUCUCCUUGGCAGUCUCUGACCUCUUUGUGGCUGUACUGGUGAUGCCCUGGAAAGCUGCCACUGAGGUGGCGGGGUUCUGGCCCUUUGGGGCUUUCUGUGAUGUUUGGGUGGCUUUUGAUAUCAUGUGCUCCACAGCCUCUAUCCUCAAUUUGUGCAUCAUCAGCGUGGACCGUUACUGGGCCAUUUCCAACCCCUUCCGCUAUGAGAGGAAGAUGACGCAGCGUGUGGCUUUCAUAACGAUCGGAGUGGCUUGGCUACUGUCCCUCCUGAUUUCCUUCAUCCCUGUGCAGCUGAAGUGGCACAAGGACCGUGAGCUCCUAAGCCAAAAUGAGACAGGUUUUAACAUCACUGGGGAGAAUGAAAACUGUGAUUCUGGCCUCAACAGGACUUACGCCAUCUCAUCUUCUCUCAUUAGCUUCUACAUCCCUGUUGCCAUCAUGAUUGUGACCUACACCCGCAUCUUCUGCAUUGCCCAGCGGCAGAUCCGCAGGAUUUCCUCACUGGAGAGGGCAGUGGAACAUGCCCAAAGCUGCCACAGCCGCGACUGCCCUCACGAGGCCUCCCUGAAGAACUCCUUCAAGAAGGAGACCGAGGUCCUCAAGACCCUCUCAGUCAUCAUGGGUGUCUUUGUCUUCUGCUGGCUGCCCUUCUUCGUCCUCAACUGCAUGGUGCCCUUCUGUAAUCUUGACCUACGUGAGCCAGGAGAACUACCUUGUGUCAGCGAGACUGUCUUCAACAUCUUCGUCUGGUUUGGGUGGGCCAACUCUGCCCUCAAUCCUAUCAUCUAUGCCUUCAAUGCAGACUUCCGGAGAGCUUUUGCAACCAUCUUGGGCUGUGGCUGCCUUUGCCCCAGCAAUGCCGUGGAGACGGUGAACUUCAGCAAUGAGCUGGUCUCCUACCACCGUGACACCACGUAUCAGAAGGAAGUGGUGACCCUCAGCUACCCCCAGCUUCUCCCCCAUGCUGCUCUGCAGAUGGAAAACAAUGAGGUGUCCUUUGACCAGGUUUCUCAGGUCUCCGAGCCCUCUCACAGCAUCUGCCCUGCGGAUGCCUCGCCUGCAGUGAUGCACGUGCAGUGUGAAAUGACCAUCUCGCUGGAGAAGAUUACGCCUUUCACCAGCAAUGCGUUCAAUUGA